GCAUUUACUUGCUCUUUGCUUUUGACAUUUAUCCGACGUUAGCAUCGGUAAUCUGUUGCACUUUAAGCACUUCACUUCAUUUCUCCAUAUUUUCUCCGAUCCGCGCUAAACAAUUUCUUGGCAAACAUAAAAUAUCGAACAAGAGAUGACCGAACAUCAUCAAAGAGCAUAUAAGAAGAUCAUAUUCGGGUGAUAUUGAGAUAUUGAGAGGAUAUACCAAUUAGCCAGCAUGUUCCAUCAAUUAGCAAACUGGUCAUUUAUCAUAGCCUUCGCGCUUGAUCAAGUGAAGGCCGGGCCGGUAAUCAAGAGAUCCCUAGACACAAAUGCAAUCUUGCAACAACACUAUGGAAAUGACGCAGAAUGGUAUUCAAAUCGAAUCCCAUUCUUUGAUUCUUCUGAUGAAAAAUUAAACGAAAUUUAUUAUUAUCGAUGGCAAAUAUUUCGAGCUCAUCAACGUGAUCUGGGUAAUGAUUAUGGAUUCAUCACCACUGAAUUCGCAGAUGAUGUAUCUUGGCAACUCUCACCUUGGGCAAGCUUGAAUGACGCUACCGGUUUCCACUUAAAUGAAGGUCGUUGGUGUAGAGACAGGCGCUUUACACACGAUUAUAUCAACCAUAUGUUUGGCGAAAGAAAAGGGAACGAUCGUCAUUUUAGUGAUUAUAUGGCAGAUUCAGUUUGGAAUGUUUAUUUGGUUGAUCAUGAUUCACAAGCUGCCACACAAUACCUUGAUCAAAUAAAAACUGUUUAUGAUCAAUGGAACGAUCAUUUUGAUAUGUCAAAAGGGUUGUACUAUAUCGAACCUAUUGCAGAUGCUACCGAAUUUACCAUCUCUUCAAUCGAUGCAAGCGGAGGAACAGGAGGAUUCACUGGCGGAACUAGCUUUAGACCUUCGAUUAAUUCGUACAUGUAUGCUAAUUUCAAAGCGAUUGCACAAUUAGCAAGAUUAACAAGCGAUGAAAACUCAGCGGAGACAUAUGAACGAAGAGCAAACAUACUCAAGAACCAAACACAAACAAAUUUAUGGAAUUCAACGUUUGAGCAUUUCAUCGACCGAUUUCAGGUAAAUAAUGAUUACGUGAAAUAUUUUGACUUUAUUCGAGGUAGAGAAUUGGUGGGAUACGUCCCAUUCAUGUUCGACCUACCCGAUGAUACCUCAGUUUAUGCUGCUAGUUGGUCACACGUCUUAGAUGCAAAUCUUUUGGGUGGUCAAUACGGAAUGCGGACCAAUGAACCUUCUUAUGAACACUAUAUGCAGCAGUAUAGGUAUGACGUUGUCAAUAGCUCUCGGCCAGAAUGCCAAUGGAACGGACCCGUUUGGCCAUUCCAAACGACGCAAGUUUUAUUGGGCAUGUCAAACGUACUUGAUCAUUAUAACAACAAAGGCGAUCUGAAUAUUUCACAAUUUAACAGACUUUUAAGUCAAUAUGUUGAUUUACACUACGAUUCCAACGGAAAGCCAAAUUUGGAAGAAGAUUAUAAUCCCGAUAAAGGUGGAGCGAUUGUUGGAUUGGAUCGAUCACCGCAUUAUUUCCAUUCUGGUUUUGUGGAUAUUGUUUUGGGUGGUCUUGUGGGUAUUCGACCACGUUCAGAUGAUAAACUCGAAAUUAAUCCUUUGGUCGAUCAAAAUAGCGGUCCAAGUUGGUUCCGUGCAGAAGAAGUACCGUAUCACGGUAGCAAUAUUGCUGUUCAGUAUGAUCGCGAUGGAUCACAUUACGGUACCAAGGGAUUGGUGAUUGAGCGUGAUGGGCAGCAAGUUGCAGCCUCUGCAACCCUUCAACGUAUAAUUGUUGAUUAUGCACCGAAGGAUCUGUUACCGAUCGAUCGUCCGAGUGCAAUCUCAAUUCAAUUGCAAGAGUCUUCCGCUUAUCCACGCGGAUCUGCUUCUUCGAAUGCAAAUGACACGACCAAAAUUCACGAUGCGAUCGAUGGCAGAGUAUGGUUCACGAGUGAAUUAGCGAACGGAUGGGAAUCCGACACGAAUGCGAAUCAAUGGUAUGCUAUCGAAUUAGGGAAUAGUGACGGGUCAGCAGCAUCAAAUCGGACCAUUUCACGUGCUGAAAUUGCAUGGUUCGCAGAUGACAAUACAUUUGCUGCACCUGAUUCAUACACAAUCGAAACGAGUACGAGCAAUCAAGGUCCUUGGACUGCAAUCCCGAACGUUCAACAAAUUAAACCGCUAGCUAAUGGUAUCACGCAUGCUCAAUGGACUUCUUUGGAUACCAGUAAUGUUCGUCUGUCAUUCACAUUACCUUCUGGAAAGAGGGCACGAUUGACAGAAUUCAAGCUGUUCUAGUCUUCCUUCCAUAGCAUAGCAUGUAUAUAUCUGAAGAAUGAAUGAAUGAAUAUCCU